UCUGGUCAUAUGACUUGCUCGAUGCAAAAAUUAAUGAUGCGUGUAAUGCACAGAUUAAUGAUGCGUAUGUAAAUCUAAUUAUCUUCAUAUAUCCGAGGGAGUCACUCAGAUAAUGUGUUUUAUAAUCAGUGUUGCAGUGUUGCAUCUGAGCUUUAUAAUUGACUGUUUCAUAAAUAAAAUAUAUAUUUAAAAUGUUGAACGUUAAUCUAAAUGAAGUUGAAAUCGUCGAUGAUAAUAUUUCGAAACUAGAAACAUUAAAAAAUGUUAUUAAUAAAACAGAAGCAGAUGAUUCCCUACAUUUAUUAGAUUUAGGAAAUGUAUUGAAAAAGUAUCAAGAUUGGUCACAAAAAAUGCCUCGAGUCCUACCUUACUUCGCAAUGAAAUCUAAUCCUGAACCAACCAUCUUAAAACUAUUAAGUUCGCUGGGUGUAAGCUUUGACUGUGCAUCAAAGGAAGAAAUCGUUCAAUUAAUGGGACUUGGAGUGCCGAGUGAUAGAAUAAUAUUCGCUAAUCCUGUGAAGUUUCCAACUCACUUAAAAUAUGCAAGAAAAGUUGGCGUGGCACUUAUGACAGCUGACCAUGAAAUCGAAUUAAAAAAAAUAAAAGAAAUUUAUCCGGAAGCGAAAGUUGUGAUACGCAUCCGGUGCGAUUCUAAAACGGCUAUGAUAAGUUUGGGUGAAAAAUUUGGAUGCGAUCCUGAAAAAGAAGCUAUUAAUUUGAUAAAAGUAGCAAUGAAACUGAAUCUGGAACUGAGUGGUUUUGCCUUUCACGUAGGCACCCUAUGCGACGAUGUUGAUGCAUUUUGCCGAGAAAUACGUACGUGCAAUAAUCUAAUACAGACUGCAAGAUUUUUGGGUUGCAAGACUGCAAAUAUCAUCGAUAUUGGCGGAGGCUUUCCUGGCGAUCGUAAUUUUGAUCUUGACGAGUUGACAGGUCCAAUUAAUGAUGCUCUAGAGAAAGUAGACUUAUCAAUUAAAAUCAUUGCUGAACCUGGAAGAUAUUUCGUUACCUCAGCUGUUACAAUAGCCGCCCAGAUCAUCAGCAAAAAAAUUGCAAUAGAGAACGGAAAGAAAAAGUUCAUGUACUACGUGACUGACGGUAUCUAUGGAUCAUUUGCCUGUAGCUCGAUAAACACUCGUUCAAGACGCCCAAGAGUCUUAAAUCCUAUUUGCAACACAAACAAAAAGUAUAUUUCUACAAUUUGGGGGCCUACGUGUGACUCCCGCGAUUGUAUUUUGAAAGAAGAACUUUUACCGGAAUAUUACAUUGGAGAGUGGUUGAUUUGGUAUGAUCUCGGUGCCUAUACAGCUUGUUUCUCGAGUAAAUUCAAUGGCUUUAAACCUCCAAGAGUGUAUUCUAUCAUGCAUAGGAGCGACUGGAAAUCUAUGCAGAUGUAUAUAAAUAAAAAGAAUUCAAAAUAGAAUAUCUCGAUGAGCUAUUUGAAAUAAUGUAAGAUAAGAUGCUAAUAAUAAAGAAAUUUUGUAAUCGAA